AAUGGAUUGUAGGGGUAAAGACGCUCUGCGACAGAGGGGAAAGCGUUGGCAGCAGCCAAAACUACCAUUUGCUUCGCGUGACUGAUGUACCCCCUCAUGUACCCUUUGUAGAUCAUGUUUGCAACCAAGCACUCUGCUUCCUCAACGCCCACCGUGAUUCCGGAGACCUCCAAUGCCGAGUGGAACACUAGCUGUGAGCGUUGAAAGAGAGAAGACCUACGCUUUGCGAAACAGCCCUCUGACACAUAACUCCCGCGCUCUUUCCAGUGCAAGGAGCAAGUUCAGCUCAAUCAGACGAGUCUUUCGUAGCUCAAUUGCACGAUCAAAUGCUGAGAUGUCUGACGCGCGGAUUGCUGAUAUGAAUGGCGAAAAGAUGUCGGCAAGAAUCGGGAACCUUUGAAAGAGCACGUCCGAUGGCAAGUGCCCGCGAAGAAUCCGAAGAGGAAUGAGGUAUGCCAGGAUUCGCC